AUGGCAGAAGAUCUUGUUGUUGGGAUCGACGUUGGAAUGACCGGUACCGGUGUUGCAUACAGACGUAAAGGUUAUGCUAAAGUGACUGCCCUGGGAUGGGGUAUCGAUGAAAAGGUUCUAAAGACGCCCACGCGACUCUAUUACAAUGUCCACUAUCAGCCGCCGAAGCUCGUUGGAUGGGGGAUGGAGGUCCCCGACGACUCUACCGAGCAUCUUAAACUAAAAGAAGGGUUUAAACUCGACCUUGGAGAAGUUGAUGCUGACCAGGUUGAGGUGGAAAGGAUGUACAGAGACUUCCUUACCUGUUUGUUUCGCGAACUUAGCACACAGCGGUUUACUCCCGCUUUUCUGGGAGGCAAACAGUUCGAAGAGACCAGAGUUCUAUUCCUCUUCAGUGUGCCCGCCUUAUGGGACCCGGCUGUUGUCCAUGAUUUCACACAACUCAUUCGUGAAUCUGGCUUCGAAAAGGAGGGCGUUCACAGCGUUAGAGUCGCCAUGACAGAGCCGCAAGCGGUUGCUGCAUAUGAGAUUUGCGUACCAAAUUCGGAUUACAAACUCAAGGUUACCUGUAAAACUGGCUCCACUUACAUCGACCGAGGCUUUGAGGAAAUGGUGAUGACCUAUCUUCAGGACAAGCGUGAUUCUUUGGUAGGAGACAUCGAGCAUGUUAGCUUGGACAUGCGAAACAGCAACCUUUUCCUCGAGACAAAACACGCAUUUGACCCCGAUACAUUUGAAGACUUGAAAUUCGAUAUUCCCUUCAAGAACAGCGCUCGACAUGACUCAAAGGACUCUCCCCCGCCUGCUACCUUUGUUCUAACUGGUGAAUAUCUUGGUUCUUUGUUCAACCGCCAGAUUGAUGUAAUCAAUGAGGAGAUUCGGCGUUUUAUCAGAGCAUUCGUGACAGACAGCGGGACCAACUCAGAUAACCACCUCGGCUACAUUGUGCUGGCUGGUGGGCUUGGAAGCUCCCGCUACGUUCAAGGAAAGGUUGAAAAAUUUAUUCAAGAAUUGCCGUUUAAGCCUGCAGAGAAACCCAAACUCGUCAUGUCAGCUGCUCCUCGACUUGCUGUUUGCAUGGGCCUGGUCCACAACGCGGGCCGUAACCCAGAGCUCUUCCCACGACGCUUUAACCGAGUCUCAAUAGGCGUGGCGUCACAGUCAUUGACAGGUGAAAUUAAGAAGAGUCGCUUCCGCAGUUUCAUGAAGCGAGCAUUUCUGCGCGCUCCCAAGGGCCAGAAGCCCGGGGGGGGAAGUGGAGGGGAACUUGUCCCGGACAGAGUUACCCUCCAUGAACAAACAGCGUAUUUCAGUGCGGAUUUGCCGUCCGACAAGCGGACCUGGGAGCUGGCGAUUCUCCAUAGCUUCGAGAGCGACAUCGACCGAUUGACUCUUGGAGGCCAGCCUCGGACCUCUGAUGACGCACGGCAGAUACUAACACACACAGAUAACUGCCGCGUCCAUUCGGUACUCAGAGUGAAUCUGUCGCAUAUUGGCGUACCUGAGAAGACUGGGACAGGAGACGCCCUAUCAAGACUCCAUCUGGCUCCAAAGCCCAAAGUCCCGAUCAAAUUUGACCUUCGGAUAGAAGUCGGACUAGCCACUGCCGAAAUUUAUUGCACUGAUAAGAAGGGUCGGCUCUGCAGCGAACCCAUGAGUAUUGAGAUAGGCCAAGAAUCUGAAAGCCUCCCAUCCACCGGCCAGAGUGCUGUGCAUGAAUUGAGCUAG